UUGUACUCAGAUAUUUGAUAUCUCCCCAUGUUCUAAAAUCACAAAAGCUCUCUCUCGUCCUUUGAGGAGGAAGAAAAUGGCUACUGCAUGUCUUCCUCUAUACACAAGCCCCACUGCUUCAAUCACAACAAACAAGUUAAGCCCAAAAAAAUUCACCACUCCGUUCAAUGCAACGGCUAGAAAGUCGUACGGCAAUUCUAUAGCAUGCAAAGCUUCAUCUUCGUCUUCGAUCACCGACUUUGAUCUCUACGAUCUUCUAGGCAUAGACAGCUCUUCUCAGCACUCGCAGAUAAAAACGGCGUAUCGGACGCUGCAGAAGCGGUGCCACCCGGACAUCGCCGGUCCGGCAGGCCACGACAUGGCUAUCAUACUCAAUGAAGUUUACUCUAUCCUCUCUGAUCCAAAUUCACGCUCAGCGUAUGAUAAGGAGCAAGCCAAAGUUGCAGAACUAAGAGGUUAUACAGGGAAACCUCUAUACUCAGCAUGGUUUGGACCGGAAACCGAGGAAAGAGCAGUAUUUGUUGAUGAAGUCAAGUGUGUCGGCUGCUUAAAAUGUGCCUUAUUUGCUGAAAAGACCUUUGCUAUUGAAUCGGCUUAUGGAAGAGCUAGGGUUGUUGCACAGUGGGCUGAUCCUGAGCACAAGAUCCUAGAGGCCAUAGAAACAUGUCCAGUUGAUUGCAUCUCGAUGGUGGAGAGGUCGAAGCUAGCAGCUCUAGAAUUCUUAAUGUCAAAGCAGCCACGUGGCAAUGUAAGAGUGGGCACGAGUAAUGCAGCGGGAGCAUGUGCCUCAAACAUCUUCGUAGAAGUUAACAAAUUCCAGAGCAGAUUCCAGGAUGCAAUGGAAAAGACUUCUACACAAAAUUCCAAGGAAACAGACCUCCAAAGAGAAGCAACAAUGGCAGCAAUUCAAGCAAUUAGAUCUAUUUCAAAUUGGUUAUACUGGCAAUCACCUAACAAUGCCAAUGGCCCCACACCAGAUUCUCAAACAAGCCUGAUACACGUUUCACGUAAAUCUGCAGAGCCAAACCUCGACAAGCUUCGAGAAGCUGUAGCUGCAAGAAAGCAGGCAAGGCAGAGCACAUCACCCUCUCGCAAAAUCCCAUCAAAUCAUCAUCUAUACGACGAGGAGUAUUGGAUUCCAUCAGUCCUUGCUCUCCCAGCUUCAACCCAAGACAACUCCAAUAACUCUGCAGCUUAUAACACAAAGCCUUCACCUACCAAAGAAGGCAAAGAUACAGAGGAUAGAGAUAACUAUAGAGUGGAUAAGAAGAAGAAGAGACCCAUGAUAUGGGAAGUUCCAGCCAUGGCAGCAGUGAUUGCUUCGGUUAUAAUUCGGGUACAGAUUGGAUCAGAAGGGGCUACUGGUGGAGUAAAAGAACAUAUAGGCGGUUCUUUGGCGUUGGAGAUUGUUAACAGCUCUUGGUUACCGGUAAUAUUAGCAGGGAUUACGUGGUUUAUCAUUGGGGUGGCAAUAACACAAGUAAUCGUGGAAGCCAUUCAAAGUAGACAACAAUAGCCAUUGUGAAAUGCAUGCAUUUGUUAAUUUGUAUAUAUAUAUAUAAGUACGAUAUUCAAUUAUGAUAUAUAGUAUAAAUUACCGAAAAUUCAUUUGGA